GGAGGGAGGGUGGAAGCGUCAUUUCUCGUGGUUCGCGCUCCUUCCGCGACUGUAAGUAGCUACACCUUCAUCAACUGAAUCAAGCGCAAGCGGAGAGCCAAAUCAAGCAAUCGAAGUAUCGAAUCAAACCAAACAAAUCCCCACCACGGUCGCCGUCGCCGUCGCCGCUGCUGCGACGAUUGCCGCCAAAAUAAUACAACGCAAUGUCGUCUUCCCCUGCCAUCCAAAGAUCAUCCCCUAUGCCCUCUUCUUCCCCUCUCCAAAGACUUUCCACCUUCAAAGACAGAGCCCUCACUCCCAUCGCCACCACCACUACUCCUUCAUCCUCUGCGCUCACCCCCACCCCUUCAUCCCCUAACAUCCAUCACCCAGUCUCAGUUCUCGACUCAUUCGCCUCCGAUCCCAUCUUCUCCGCCUUUCUCUCUCCCUCCUUUGAUUCCGCCAAGUUCUCCUCCCAAGCCCUCGCCUCCGGCUCAGCCGCCGCCCGCGCUGAGAAGCUUCAGGACGGAAUCCGCCUCCUCGAGAAGCAGCUCCGCUCCGAAGUCCUCUCUCGCCACGAUGACCUCCUCGCCCAGCUCUCCUCCCUCUCACACGCCGACUCCGCGCUCUCCAUUCUCCGAUCUGCCGUCUCUUCUCUUCAAUCCUCUGUGCGCCGCGCCCGCUCCGAGCUCGCUGACCCCCAUCGCCAAAUUCAGACCAAAACCCACCAGCUCUCCAACCUCCAUCGCACCGCCGAACUCCUCCAAUCCGUCAUCCGCGUCCUCCGCCUAUCUAAAAAGCUCCGGGAUCUCAUAUCGGUCUCUAAUGAACCCGAAAGGUUAGACCUCUCGAAAGCAGCGCAAUUGCAUUGCGAGAUCUUGAACCUGUGUAAUGAGAAUGAGCUUGUGGGCAUUGACGUGGUUGAUGAUGAAUUGGGUUGGGUUUCGGAGACGGGUAACAAAUUGCGGUCCGAAGCGAUGAAUGUGUUGGAAAGGGGCAUGGAGGGAUGGAAUCAGGCGGAGGUGGGAAUUGGGUUGCAAGUGUUUUACAACCUUGGUGAGUUGAGAGGGACGGUGGAUGGGUUGGUGAGUAAGUAUAAGAGUUUGGGAGUGAAGAGUGUGAGUAUGGCAAUGGAUAUGAAGGCAAUCUCAGCAUCAUCCGGAGGCGGUUUUGGGCCGGGAGGAAUCCAGAGGAGUGGUACGCCGCCAAUUGGGGGUGGGGCGAGGGCAAAGGAGAUGCUUUGGCAGAGGAUGGGAAAUUGUAUGGAUCAGAUUCAUUCAAUUGUGGUUGCGAUCUGGCAUUUGCAGAGGGUCUUGUCAAAGAAAAGGGACCCGUUUACACAUGUCUUGCUCCUUGAUGUGGUAUUGCAGGAGGGUGAUCCCAUGUUAACAGAUCGAGUUUGGGAUGCCCUUGUGAAAUCGUUUGCAAGCCAAAUGAAGUCUGCUUUCACUGCAUCAAGUUUUGUGAAAGAGAUAUUUACAAUUGGGUAUCCAAAGCUCUUUUCCAUGAUAGAGAAUCUUCUUGAAAGAAUUUCACACGAUACAGAUGUAAAAGGGGUUCUACCAGCUAUCAGUUCAGAAGGAAAAAACCAGAUGAUUGCUAGCAUUGAAAUAUUCCAGACAGCUUUCUUAGCCCUCUGCUUGAGUCGCCUAUCAGAUCUUGUUAAUAAUAUAUUCUCAAUGUCCAACCGUGGAACUGUUCCCUCCAAAGAACAAAUCUCAAGAAUUAUAUUCCGCAUUCAGGAAGAGAUUGAAGCUGUUCAAUUGGAUGGGCGCCUGACUCUUCUCGUCUUGCGUGAAAUUGGCAAAGUUCUGCUUCUGCUCGCUGAACGGGCUGAAUACCAGGUAUCUACUGGCCCCGAAGCACGCCAAAUAACGGGUCCUGCAACUCCUGCACAACUUAAGAACUUCACAUUGUGCCAGCAUCUGCAAGAAAUUCAUGCCCGGAUUUCAUCUAUGAUGACCCCACUCCCUGCUGUUGCAUUGGAUGUUUUGUCUCCUGCACUAGGUGCCAUGUAUGGAGUUGCUUGUGACUCGGUGACAACAUUAUUCCAAGCGAUGCUGGAUCGUCUUGAGACCUGCAUCUUGCAAAUUCAUGAACAAAACUUUGGUGUGCUUGGCAUGGAUGCUGCAAUGGACAAUAAUGCAUCACCAUACAUGGAGGAAUUGCAGAAGUGCAUUGUUCACUUCCGUAGCGAGUUCCUAUGUAGGCUGCUGCCUUCUUCAACAAAUGUUAUUGCCACUGGGACAGAAACAAUAUGCACUAGGCUUGUUCGUAGCAUGGCUUCAAGGGUAUUAAUUUUCUUUAUCAGACAUGCUUCUCUUGUGAGACCUCUUUCAGAAUCGGGUAAGCUUAGGAUGGCUAGGGACAUGGCUGAGCUGGAGUUAGCUGUGGGCCAGAAUUUGUUCCCAGUAGAACAGCUUGGUGGACCAUACCGUGCCCUUCGAGCAUUUCGGCCUGUCAUUUUCUUAGAAACAUCUCAACUGGGAGCAUCUCCUCUUCUUCAAGAUUUGCCACUGAGCGUCAUACUACACCAUCUCUAUUCUCGAGGCCCGGAUGACUUGCAGUCCCCACUUCAAAGGAAUAAACUUACGCCUUUGCAGUAUUCACUAUGGCUAGAUUCGCACACAGAAGUUGAGAUCUGGAGAGGUAUCAAAGCAACCCUUGAUGAUUAUGCUGCGAAGGUAAGUACCAGAGGAGACAAAGAGUUCAAUGCUGUAUAUCCUCUUAUGCUUCGAUUAGGGUCAUCAGUGACAGAAAAUGCUUCUGCAUCUGAAAAGUCUUGAUCAGUGGCGUACCUCCUGUAAACUAGUCAUAAAAAUGUGCUGUUCUCAACUAAUUCCAGAGCUAUGACCACAAUAGAAAAUGUAUGAGCACACAUUGAAUCUAAGAGCAAAAUUUAAUCUAA